UCCUCCCUCUCAUCUCUCCCCUCCUCCCUCUCAUCUCUCCCCUCCUCCCUCUCAUCUCUCCCCUCGUCCCUCUCAUCUGUCUGUGUUUGUAUUUCACAGAAGUAACCUGUUGCAUUCAGGGGCAGACUGACAUAUAGGCAGACCUCUAUAGCAUAUACACACAUCUAAACUGACAGACUUUUUCAACACACACACACAUUCACACAGCUAUGGAGAGAGACAGAUGAUUUAGUCUGUGGUUUACUAUUCAAUGUUAGUACACAGCGAGUUGGUUUUGAGGUUGUGUGGCUGGUUGACUGGCUGGGACGGCACAAUCUAGUGUCUAGCAUUCUACAGGGACGGAGGACAACAGGAAGGUGAAGCCUCUCUCCUUCUCUCCUCUCUCCCUCUCUCCUCUCCUCUCUCCUUCUCUCCUCUCUCCUUCUCUCCUUCUCUCCCUCUCUCUCCAUCUCCCUUUCUGUCCCUCACUCUCUCUCAUUCUACAGGGACGGAGGACAACAGGAAGGUGAAGCCUGAAAAAGACCAAAUGUGAAGAUGACGGGGCAGGUGUUGGGUGAGGGUACUGAGCUGGCGUCUCAGAGGCUGUCAGUGAAGACAUGGCUGGACGAGGAAUGCGAGAGAGCAGACAGCAACCUGAGUCAUCUGAGUCGAGGCCAGUCUAUGUGUGAUGACACGUCGUCAGAACUACAACGGAUGGCUGUCAUUGACCGGAGAGGACUCACCUCCCAGAACUCCUUCAGAGGGAGAGGAGCCAUGUCAAGGUUGGUCAGCAUGGUGGUGACUUUGAGAGAGUGGGCUCAUAAGAGUUUGGUUGAGGAGCAAGAGAGACCUGAUUCGUUCCUGGAAAGGUUCCGAGGCCCUGAUCUGCAGGCUCCGCCCAGCAGGAUCAGCCAAUCACGACCGGAUGCUGAGCCCACUGACCACAACGACCACAUACACACUAAGAGUCCAGUUAUGUUGAUAUUAUCUCCAGCUGAUAAUAUCUAUUACCACUGGCUCCUGAUCAUCUCGACUGCUGUGCUCUACAACUGGUGCCUCCUGGUGGCCAGGGCAUGUUUUGACGAGCUUCAGACGAGUGGUGCCAUCGUGUGGCUGGUGUUGGACUACCUGUGUGACGGUCUCUACAUCUUGGACACAGCCGUCAGGCUACGCACAGGUUUCCUGGAGCAGGGUCUGUUGGUGAAGGACCUCUCUAAGCUGAGAGACAGUUAUCUGAAGACGGUUCAGUUUAAACUAGACCUGUUGUCUAUCCUGCCUACUGACCUGUUCUACCUAUCUCUGGGAAUACACACUCCUCUCCUCCGCUUCAACAGACUGCUGCGGUUCAACCGCAUGUUCGAGUUCUUCGACCGUACAGAGACCAGGACCAGUUACCCCAACGCCUUCCGCAUCACUAACCUGGUCCUUUACAUACUGGUGAUCAUCCACUGGAAUGCCUGUAUGUACUACUCCUUCUCCAAGGCCCUGGGACUGGGGUCUGACUCCUGGGUGUAUCCCAACCAGACAACUCUGUCACGGGGUUACAUCUACUGCCUCUACUGGUCCACCCUCACCCUCACCACCAUAGGAGAGACACCGCCACCCGUACGAGAUGAGGAGUUCCUCUUUGUGGUCUUUGACUUCCUGGUGGGCGUGUUGAUCUUCGCCAGCAUCGUGGGGAACGUUGGAGCCAUGAUCUCCAAUAUGAACGCUACGCGGGCAGAGUUCCAGAGCCGCAUUGACCAGGUGAAACACUACAUGCAGUUCAGACACGUCAGCCGUGACCUGGAGCACCGUGUCAUUCGCUGGUUCGACUACCUCUGGACCAAUCAGAAGGCGGUAGACGAACAGGAAGUUCUGAAGAGCCUGCCCAAUAAACUGAGGGCUGAGAUCGCUAUCAAUGUGCACCUGGAAACUUUAAAGAAGGUGCGUAUCUUCCAGGACUGUGAAGCAGGCCUACUAGUAGAGUUGGUAUUGAAGCUGCGUCCCCAGGUCUUCUCUCCAGGAGAUUAUAUCUGUCGUAAAGGAGAUAUUGGGAAGGAGAUGUACAUUAUUAAAGAUGGCCGCUUGGCGGUGGUGGGAGAUGAUGGAGCUACUCAGCUGGCCAUGCUCACUUCAGGAAGCUGCUUCGGGGAGAUCAGCAUCCUGAACAUCCGGGGCAGUAAGAUGGGAAACAGGAGAACAGCUAACAUCCGUAGCCUUGGUUACUCUGACCUGUUCUGUCUGUCUAAAAGAGAUCUGACCGAGGCACUCAGCGACUUCCCUCAUGCUAGAACCCAGUUGGAGCAGAGGGGGCGGGAUAUCCUCAGGAAGGAGGGGCUACUGGAUGAAGUGGGAGGAGAUAGCCUGGGAGUGGAGGAAAUGGAGGAGAAGGUGGAGAAGUUGGAGGCGUGUGUGGAUCGUCUCCAGACGCGGUUGGCACGUUUACAAAUGGAGUAUGCCACCGCGCAGCAACGUCUGAAGCAGCGAAUCACGGCUCUGGAACACAGCGUCGGCACCACGGUUACCGUCGGAAGCGGUUUCCUGUCCGACGCCGAUGGCAAUGAGAGUGGCGGUGACGACGGAGCACGCAGUGAGAUCAACAUCAGACUGUGAUAACAACGCUGUAUCGCCAUAGAGACAGCUGGAAGAGCGUUUAUCUUAUUUGCUCUGUUUUAUUUAGUUAGAUUGAAUAUUUUGUGGCAGAUUUGAUAUCUGUUGUUGUUGUUGUUUUCGUCUGUCAGCAGGAUGUCGCUGUGUUUAAUGAUGGUGUAACGCUGAGUCUACCUAUAAGCUACUGUAUGUUCAACAAUGUAAAAACAAAACUGUCUCUUGAAAAACAUGUUGAACAAAUUAUUUCACCUUAAAUUCCUGUUAAUGACAACCCAAAUAAUAACUUCCAAUAUAUUUUUUUAACUUGAUGGUUAUUUUUUUAAAUACCAGGCGGUUGAGAAGUCAACAGGAAAUAACAGAGCUCUCUACCAGGCGGUUGAGAAGUCAACAGGAAAUAACAGAGCUCUCUACCAGGCGGUUGGGAAGUCAACAGGAAAUAACAGAGCUCUCUACCAGGCAGUUGAGAAGUCAACAAGAAAUAACAGAGCUGUGAUACAGCCUGGAUUUGAACUGGGGAAUGUAGUGAUGCCUUUUGCACUGAGAUGCAGUGCCUUAGACCACUGCUCCACACACAUAUCAGUACAUACACACAAGUAGGUGUUAGAGGAAUUCUAAAUUCCUAUAUGUUUUGUAGCCAAAACCAAAUUCACACUAUCUAUUUCAUAAUAAGUUGUAAAUUUAUCAUUUGCAUGAAAUAGAUAGAGACCAGAGUCUUAAAAACAAGUUCAGCAUUUAUUCUUGAUGAGUACUGACCCAAAAUACAAAGACCAUUUCAUUUGAAAGAGAAGAUCAAAAUGACGUCAUCAGUUCUCACACUUUCUCCGAUCCACACAAUAGCGCAGUGUCUUCAGGUCUGGAGAUUGUCUUCUACUCCCCUCAUAAAACAAACAUUCCAAUCUGUCUAAAAGAUAUACUCUUCUCCACUAAUGCAACAUCAAAGAACAUUUUUAUCUGUCUAAAGAGAUAUACUCUCCUUCUCCCUUAAGUGACUUCAUCUGCGGUUGCUGAUGGGUAUAUGGU